CACACACACACACACACACACACACACACACACACACACACACACACACACACACACACACACACAGUGCGGAUAUGGAUGUGCGCAGUCGGUGCGUUAAUGUUAGAGCUGCAGAAUGAAACACAUCCCGAGUCAGAGGCGCGUGCAGGAGAACCGACAGAGUAAAGAGAUAUAAAGGAUUCAAUUUAAGCGCAGUGAGAUGCGGCGGUGAUUAAUAAAUCUGUGUGUGUGUGUGUGUGUGUGUGUGUGUGUGUGUGUGUGUGUGUGUGUGUGUGUGUGUGUGUGUAGGUUGAACUGAGGCUUUGCAGCUUUCGGUCUUAAAACUGGACACAUGAGCGAUUUUACAGGAGCACCGGAGAGUCAUUUCCAUGCCUCGGACUGGGCGGUGAGUGAUGUGCGCGCGGACAUGAUGGACACACACGGGGACAUGAUGGACACACACGGCAUGUUGUUGGGCCUCGCUGAGGAUGCUGCCUUCUCCAACUCGGACUAUCUGGACCCGAACUACACGGAUGGAGUAGAACCGGCGGCGAGGACGCGCCCCAGCACCCGCAGUCGGUCCGGAGAGGUGACGGAACUUGAGGCGCAGGAAGUGCGCUGGUUCUACAGAGAGGACAAAAGGAACUGGAAGCCCUUUGUGGGACACGACUCUCUAAAGAUCGAGCUGGCUUACCGACCACUGUGCGCGCUGAGGGAUGCGCGUGAGGGCGUGUUUGAGCCAGAGGACAGUGUGUGUGAGUGUGUGUGUGACGACGCGGGUGUGGAGGCGGUGUGUGUGCGCGGAGGACUGUACGAGGUGGACGUGAGGGAGAAGGAGUGUUAUCCGGUUUACUGGAACCAGCAGGAGCGUAUCCCUGUGAUGAGAGCUCAGUGGUUUACAGAUGGGACAUGGCUGCCGCUAGAUGAGGAGGAUGGAGACCUGAUAGAGCAGGAACAUUUAACCAAAUUUAGAGGACAUCGAAUAGAAGAUUCUCUCGAAACAGAGCGAGUGAACACAGCACCAGAGAGCAAGGAGGUGGUGCACAGUGUGAAGUUGAGUCGUAGCCAUGUAGAUUGGCACAGUGUGGAUGAAGUUUAUCUGUAUAGUGAUGCCACAACGUCCAAAAUCGCUCGCACCGUUACACAGAAACUCGGCUUCUCCAAGGCCUCCAGUAGUGGGACACGUCUUCAUCGUGGUUACGUGGAGGAGGCGGCUCUGGAAGACACGCCCCCUGCUGCCACCCACAUCGUGUUUGUGGUCCAUGGGAUUGGUCAGAAAAUGGACCAGGGGAGGAUCAUCAGGAACACUAGCAUGAUGCGUGACGCUGCCAGGAAAAUGGCAGAGAAACAUUUUUCUGACAGAACGACGGAGCACGUGGAGUUUCUGCCUGUGGAGUGGAGAUCGAAACUAACUCUGGAUGGAGACACAGUGGACACGAUCACACCUGAUAAAGUGCGAGGACUGAGAGACAUGUUGAACAGCAGCGCUAUGGACAUCAUGUACUACACCAGUCCACUGUACAGGGAUGAGAUUACUCGUGGUCUGACCUCAGAGCUGAAUCGACUCUACACUCUCUUCUGUUCCCGUAACCCCGAGUUCGAGGAGAAGGGCAGAGUGUCUAUCGUUUCCCACUCGCUCGGAUGCGUCAUCACGUAUGACAUCAUCACUGGCUGGGACCCCGUCCGCUCGCAUCAUCAGGAAGCACCAGUCGACAUGGAGACGGACCCUUCCUGGUGCAGCAGCCAUGGACAGAAACUGGUGGAGGAGCUUCAGCUCACACGCAUGAGGUUGAGGGAUUUGGAGGAUCAGUUUCAGAGCCUGAAAUCCUCCAGGAAUUCUCCUGCAUUAAAAUUCAAGGUGGAGAACUUUUUCUGCAUGGGUUCUCCGCUUGCCGUGUUCUUGGCUCUGCGUGGGAUUCGUCCUGGUUCCUGCAGGACUCAGGAUCACAUCCUGCCGCGCUCCAGCUGUAACAGACUCUUUAACAUCUUCCACCCCACAGACCCAGUGGCGUACAGACUGGAGCCUCUGAUCCAGAAACACUACAGUAACAUCGCUCCUGUGCAGAUACACUGGUACAACACGAGCAGCCCCACGCCGUACGAUGAGAUGCGGCCAGUGUUUCUGACACCUCUCAAGGAGAGUGUGCCUAUGUCAGAAGGUGAAAAGACACCGAGUCCCUGUACAUCACCCCCACAACAGCGCAGAGUGGGAGAGUCCAUAACCAACCUGGGGAGAGCUAGCAUCAUGGGAGCGGCUAGCAUCGGUAAAGGUAUUGGUGGAAUCCUGUUUUCUCGUUUCUCCCGUUCGAGUGGACAAAUGGGUGGAGCUGAAGAGGAGCCAAUCAACUCAGAGGUGGGGCCGUACGAGACAGAGGGCGGGGCUCUCGGAGAAGAAGGUGGGCUUAUAGAAACAGAGGACAAGAUAGAGGAGAAGCCUGAGAGAGAGAAUGGCAUGUCCCAGUCCACGUCAACCGUCAUGGACAGCUCUACACUCUUGGAGCUGGAUCAGCGUAUUGACUUUGAGCUGAGGGAGGGGCUUGUGGAGAGCCGUUAUUGGUCAGCGGUGACAUCACACACAGGCUACUGGUGUUCGUACGACGUGGCUCUGUUUCUGCUGAUGUUUAUGUACAGAGAGGAAACGACACACGGAGAAGGGGAAGACAUCACUGAGUCAUAACACACACACACACACACACACACACACUCUCACACACCUACAGACACACUCUCACAGACACACACACUCUCUCUCACUCACACUCUCUCUCUCACACACACACACACACACACUCUCAGACAC